AUGUCGACAACAACCACCCAAACUGAGAGCAAAGCUCCCGAGAACUUGACGCUUGCCUUUGACACUUCUCUGCAUAACGAGUACAAAUACAGUGAUUAUCUUCCUGUCUAUGAUGAGAAGACAACCUUCCCACCUAUCGAGCCCUUCGAGUUUAAGGACCGUGGCCUUUCCGCGAACAAGGACAAGCCAAACCUGCUGCCGCCAAACGACUCAUCUGUGAAGGCAACCAAACUGACGCCCGUCAUCGGCACGGAGAUCCGUGGCCAGCAACUCAGUCAGCUCAACGAACAGCAGCGUGACGAGCUAGCCCUGCUCAUCGCUGAGCGCGGGGUGGUCAUCUUCCGGGACCAAGACUUCAAGGACAUUGGCGUCGAGAAACAGAAGGAUUUCGGUCGUCACUUUGGACCCCUCCACAUUCAUCCCGUCGGCGCACAUGUCAAGGACAAUCUCGAGCUGCACAACAUCUACCUCGGCCCCGACAAUGAGUACCGCAACCGUAACAAGCUCGACAAGCUCACGACCGUCGGCUACCACUCCGAUGUCUCAUACGAGCACCAGCCGCCCGGCGUGACCAUCCUCACGCUGCUGUCCGUGCCUCCCACCGGCGGCGACACCGCCUGGGCCUCGCAGACGGCAUCCUACGCGCGCCUCAGCGAGCCCAUCCAGAAGCUCCUCGAGGGCUUGCGCGCCGUGCACAGCGGCUUCCCGCAGGCCGAGGGCGCGCGGCGCGACGGCAAGCACGUGCGGCGCGAGCCGAUCCAGAGCUCGCACCCGCUUGUGCGCAUCCAUCCCGCGACGGGGCAGAAGGCGCUGUUUGUCAACCCGGGCUUCACGAAGCGGAUCGAGGGCGUCAAGCAAGAGGAGUCGGAUGCGCUGCUGAAGCUGCUGUUCAAGGUUCGUUAG